ACCCCCGGGCAGCGCCGGGGGCCGCCGAACCGGAGGCGCGGGGAGCUCAGCCGCUCGCAGUAAACUCCCAGCUCAGAGCUCCCCUCUGCUAGCUCGGGCCGCCCGGGGCCCGCUCGGGCCGCGCGUCGCCGCCCCCGCCCCCCCGCGCGCCCGCGCCCGCGCCCUUGCUCGCCCCGCGCGCGUUCCAAGGGCGCCACCUCUUUGCGACUAGCUCACUUCUCCGGCAGGUUUGCCUGGGAGCGUGUGAACAUUCCUCUGCUAGGCUUUCAACUCGCCUCCAACCUGCGCCGCCCGGCCAGCAUGCUUCCCCGCCCGUGAAGCGGGGCCGCCGCUGCCCUGCCGCUCGGGCCGCCGCCUCCCCUCCGCGCCGCUAUUAACCCGCCCUCGUUGCCACCUGGCCCUCCUGAUCGACGACACACGCACUUGAAACUUGUUCUCAGGGUGUGUGGAAUCAACUUUCCGGAAGCAACCAGCCCACCAGAGGAGCACAGUUGCAGUAGCUGAUUCCUAAAUAAGUCCCGAGAGCGAGAGGAUACGAUGCUGCGGAGGCUGGUUCAGCAGUGGAGCGUCGCGGUGUUCCUCCUGAGCUACUCGGUGCCCUCCUGCGGGCGCUCGGUGGAGGAGCUCGGCCGCCGGCUCAAAAGAGCUGUGUCUGAACAUCAGCUCCUUCAUGACAAGGGGAAAUCUAUCCAAGACUUACGGCGACGAUUCUUCCUUCACCACCUGAUCGCAGAAAUCCACACAGCUGAAAUCAGAGCUACCUCGGAGGUAUCCCCGAACUCCAAGCCUGCUCCCAACACAAAGAACCACCCCGUCCGAUUUGGGUCUGACGAUGAGGGCAGAUACCUAACUCAGGAAACCAACAAGGUGGAGACAUACAAAGAGCAGCCACUGAAGACACCUGGCAAGAAAAAGAAAGGCAAACCUGGAAAACGCAAGGAGCAGGAAAAAAAGAAACGGCGAACUCGGUCUGCCUGGCUAAACUCUGGCAUGGCUGGGAGCGGGCGAGAAGGGGACCACGCAUAUGACAUCUCCGCGACAUCGCUGGAGCUCAAUUUACGGAGGCAUUGAAAUUUUUUAGCAAAGACCUUCAGAGGACGUAUUACAGGAUUCUGUAAUAGUGAACAUAUGGAAAGUAUUAGAAAUAUUUAUUGUCUGUAAAUACUGUAAAUGCAUUGGAAUAAAACUGUCUUCCCCAUUGCUCUAUGAAACUGCACAUUGGUCAUUGUGAAUAUUUUUUUUUUGCCAAGGCUAAUCCAAUUAUUAUUAUCACAUUUACCAUAAUUUAUUUUGUCAACUGAUGUAUUUAUUUUGUAAAUGUAUCUUGGUGCUGCUGAAUUUCUCUAUUUUUUGUAACAUAAUGCACUUUAGAUAUACAUAUCAAGUAUGUUGAUAAAUGACACAAUAAAGUGUCUCUAUUUUGUGGUUGAUUUUAAUAAUGCCUAAAUAUAAUUAUCCAAACUGAUUUUCCUCUGUGCAUGUAAAAAUAGCAGUAUUUUAAA